CUCUUUUUUCCCUGCCCUUUAAACACAAAGAACUUGGAUCGAAUUACCUCUUGUUUUGCAUUUCAAAUAUCUGCUUUAUUAAUAUUAUCCCCCGGCCCCUUGAAAAUGGGAAUUGAAGGCACUUUGGAAUACUUGUCAGAUUUAUUAAGCAGAGUCAGAAAAGGGAAGAAGAAGAAGCAAAUACAAACUGUAGCUCUCAAAGUCAGGAUGGACUGUGAAGGCUGUGAGCGUAAGGUCAAGAAAGUCCUCUCUGGGGUGAAAGGGGCUAAAUCUGUGGACGUGGACAUGAAACAGCAGAAGGUGACGGUGACAGGAUAUGUUGAGGCGAAGAAGGUGUUGAAGGCGGCACAGUCAACGAAGAAAAAGGUGGAGAUGUGGCCGUAUGUUCCUUACACACUGGUGGCUAAUCCUUAUGUUUCUCAGGCGUAUGACAAGAAGGCACCGCCGAAUAUGGUCAGGAGCGUUCCCAACACUGCAACCAUUAAGGAGACAACCAUGGAUGACGGCUACAUCACUAUGUUCAGUGAUGAAAACCCUAACGCCGCCUGCUUCAUCAUGUAGCUAGAGUAAUAUAUAUUACAAAAUAUUUUGGAAAA